UCAAGAGAGAUCGACGCAAGAAACCAGCACGAGCUACAGUAACAGUACCCCCUUUGCUCCCCCUUUUCCUUGCCCUCCACUAAUAUCCCGCGCCCCCCUCCCCAGCUAGCUCAUUAUAUGACCAGCAUCAUUGCACAAGCUCAGUCCGUCCUUGUGGGUUAGUAGGUGGCAUUAGAAGCACUGGAUCGGAGCAAGCUUGCUAGCUAGCUAGAGCUGAUCAGUGGUGCUUUCCUUGGUCGAUCGAGUGUUCGAAGGAGGAGGAGGAGGAGGAGGAGAUCAUGGGGAGGGGAAGAGUUGAGCUGAAGCGGAUCGAGAACAAGAUCAACCGGCAGGUCACCUUCUCCAAGCGUCGCAACGGGCUCCUCAAGAAGGCCUACGAGCUGUCCGUGCUCUGCGACGCCGAGGUCGCGCUCAUCAUCUUCUCCAGCCGCGGCAAGCUCUACGAGUUCGGCAGCGCAGGAACAACGAAGACAUUAGAAAGAUACCAACACUGCUGCUACAAUGCUCAAGAUUCCAGUAGUGCACUAUCUGAAACUCAGAGCUGGUACCAGGAAAUGUCAAAGCUGAAGGCAAAAUUCGAAGCUUUGCAGCGCACUCAGAGACACUUGCUUGGUGAGGACCUUGGACCGCUCAGCGUGAAAGAACUGCAGCAGCUGGAGAAACAGCUAGAAUGUUCUCUGUCACAAGCCAGACAGCGAAAGACACAACUUAUGAUGGAGCAAGUGGAGGAGCUUCGCAGGAAGGAGCGUCAGUUGGGAGAAAUCAAUAGGCAACUCAAGCACAAGGUUAUUAAUCUGGACGCUGAAGGCAGCAGCAGCAACAGCUUCAGGGCGAUGCAACAGAUCACCUGGGCUGCCGGCACCGUCGUCGAUGAAGGCGCCGGCGCUUAUCACAUGCAGCACCAGCAGCAGCCUAAUCACUCCGCUGCUAUGGACUGUGAACCCACUCUGCAAAUUGGGUAUCCUCAUCAGUUUGCGGCGGCUGAACAGGCAGCCAACAAUAUUCCGAGGAGCAGCGCUCCUGGAGGGGAGAACAACUUCAUGCUGGGCUGGGUUCUUGGAGCUAACUAGCUGCAGCUAGCAGCUGGUCACUUGCCAUCGAUGAUAUCGGCCCAAACUUGAGAAGCUAAUAAAAUGCGUGUUCUGCUUCUGCAUGCUCCACAUGAGCAGCGUGACGCGUGCCCACCCACCUGGUCAGGUGCUCGCGUGCCCCUUUAUUUUCAGUCCUUGUUUGUGUGUAAGAACCAAAGAACUACCUACUUCUACGUUUUGAUUAUUUGAACUAUGUAUCUUGCAAGUUGUAAACUGCUCGUGCCUUAUGCUGCCAAGUUUAUAUACACUAGUGGAGAA